AUGACUGCGUGGAACGUGAGUUGUCGAGAACCGUCGAGGGCCUCGCGCCAGAAGCUGACGGAUUGGCAGGUUUUCCGAUUGCUGGGAGAUGUCUCCCAUCUCCUUUCCAAGGUCAUCUUGAUGCUUGCGAUACAUCGCAACAGAAGCGCUGAGGGUGUCUCCCUCAUCACGCAAGGGUUAUACGCCCUCGUCUUCUGCACGCGAUACCUCGAUUUAUUCGCCGAGCAAUCGGCAUGGAACUUCAUGUUCAAGAUAUUCUACAUAAUGUCGUCCAUCUACAUUAUCGCCAUAAUGCAGUGGGCGUACCCCCGAUCCAGGGAGCGUGAGAUCUCCUGGAAGGUCGGCGCCGGCGCCCUCGGCGGCUCCCUCCUCCUCUCGCCCUUCACCAUGCUCAUCUUCGAGAAGUUCUGGGGCUUCAGAGUGUGGCUCUGGGACUUCUCCCAAAUCCUCGAAUCCGUCUGCGUCCUCCCUCAGCUCCUGCUCCUCCGCCAGACCACCGUCCCUACCGUCAUCGACUCCUUCUACCUCGUCACCCUCGGCUCCUACCGCGCCCUCUACCUCAUCGGAUGGAUCACCCGCGAGCUCGACAUGAACGACAAGGCUCCCAACACCGUCUCCGUCAUCUUCGGCAUCGUCCAGACCGCCCUCUACAUUGAUUUCGCCUGGGUCUACUACACCCGCCAGCGCGUCAAGCUCCGCAACGGUGGCAUCGUCGACGCCGACGACAUGCGCCGCAGCUGGCUCCUCAACCGCAUCUUCGGCAAGCGCUUCGACACCCAUUCGGAAGACGAGGAGAGCGCCCCUGCUCUCGGCGACGACGGCGCUCCCCGCCGCGGCGGCAGCCGUCCGAAAUGGGGCGCAAGGGGUAUCUCUGUCAGCGCCGACGAGGGCGUUCUCGAUACCGACCGCGACAACCAGCGCCGGGACGAGGAGCUGGACCCCGAUGCCAAGAUGCAGGAUCCCGAUGAGCUUGCCCGGGUGCUCGAUGAUGACGAUGAGGACGACACGAAUAAGGCCUCCGGGAGCAGCGGUGCGCCCAAUGGUAUCCAGAACGGCCAGGAGUGGCGUGACACUUAG